UUUUUGUUUCAAAAUCGAGCGUGGUCGAGCCGGAAAAAUUAUUAGCAGCGCUAAGCGAAAGAAAAAAUAUUUUGCCCAGUCACCGCAAACGAUUUCUGCAAACGCCGCCAAGAAGUAAUUACUUUCCAGCGAAUUGUGCAACAACAUUUUUGGUUCAAAAACGCGCGAAACAAGCAUAAAAAAAUUAUUAAAUAAUAACUAAUCGAUAGAUCAUGAAACAGUGUUGAAAUAUUCAAAAAACAAAAAGGAAGCCGCAUUCUAUCGAGUAUCUGAAAAUUGCAAUCGAAGCUCGAGAAGUAUCGCAAAUACUUGUCUGAUAAACAACACAAAUUUUUGACAGCGCGUGUGUGCCGGUGUGUGUGCCAGUGUGCCAGUAUCAGAGUGUGUGUUGUUGGUGUGUUGGCUGUCUGCUUUUGACAGAUAAAAGUUGUCGAAGGAGAGAGUCGGUCGGAAAAUUUAUUGAAAAAGUAUAUAGUGCAAGAGCCGGGCCAGGCCAGGCAGCAGGGAAAUUUCACGGAAAAGUCCAUUGUUUUUGCCGGCAAAGUUAAUGACGUCACGUUGUACCGCUGCCUGCUUUAAAGCCAACAACAACAACAUAGCGCGUGUUUAGCAACAGCAACAGCAACAACAAUAAAAGAGGUUAAAAAUACAUUUUUAAUUUACCAUCAACGGCCAAGAAAGAGGAAAGGAGUCAAGACGGGCAGUAGCAGUGGCAGUAGCAGCUUCAACAACAACAGAAACAACAAACAGCAAGUCAGCUGGACAACCGAAGAUAAUGUAAAAUCAGCUUACACACAAAAAAGCAGUAAAAAAUAAAAGCAGAAAAAAAUUAAUAACUGCGUCUAUCUAUAGAUCUAUUAAAAAAAAAUAAAACACACACACAUCUAUAUAUAAAUAUUAUGAAUAAGCGUUCGAUUUGAAUCAAAAUUAAAGCCCAAGCUAUCAGCUAUCAGCUAUCCCCACAAGCUUUGUAAUCCAGAAAACGCUAAAGAAAAUCGAUAAACUGAAAUCAUACUAUAGAUCAUACUAUAGAUGCUAUAUGCUAUACUUAUAUAGGUGCUGAUCUGUGCUCUCUUCAAUUAGUGUUUUUUGUGUGUGUGCGUGUCGCGGAGAAGAGAAGAUUUGCAAAAAAAAAAGUACAUUUUCUAGUCGCUAGGCUAUAUCAAAAAAAAAAAAAAAACUAUAUAAAAUCCAGCUAACCCAGAUCCGAAUAGCUAUAUACCCCGAUAUACACACACGAUGGCCAACGUUGUCAAUAUGAACAGCCUGCUGAACGGCAAGGACUCGCGCUGGCUGCAACUGGAGGUCUGUCGCGAAUUUCAGCGCAACAAAUGUUCGCGCCAGGACACCGAGUGCAAGUUCGCCCAUCCCCCCGCCAAUGUGGAGGUCCAGAACGGCAAGGUCACCGCCUGCUACGACAGCAUCAAGGCUACGCAACUCUUAGACAUGGACGCAUUCAAGGGCCGCUGUAAUCGUGAUAAACCGCCGUGCAAAUAUUUUCAUCCACCACAGCAUCUGAAGGAUCAAUUAUUGAUAAAUGGACGCAAUCACUUGGCCCUCAAGAAUGCAAUGAUGCAACAGUUGGGCAUCGCGCCCGGCCAGCCGGUUAUAUCGAGCCAAGUGCCAGCCGUGGCCACAAAUCCCUAUCUGACUGGCAUUCCGGCCAACUCGUACAGUCCCUACUACGCAACGGGACACCUGGUGCCCACCUUGCUGACUCCGGAUCAUACGGCCGUGGCCUCGCAGUUGGGACCCGUCGUCCCACAGACAGUGCAGGUGGCCCAGCAGAAAAUACCACGUUCCGACAGAUUAGAGGUGUGCCGCGAAUUCCUGCGUGGCGCCUGCAAACGGGCGGAAUCCGAAUGCCGGUUCGCGCAUCCGCAGGAUAGCGUCGCCAGGCACGACGACGGCUCGAUAACGGUUUGCAUGGACGCCGUGAAGGGCAGGUGCGCACGCGACCCCUGCCGCUACUUCCAUCCCCCCCUGCACCUACAGGCACAAUUAAAAGCGGCCCAAACACGCGCCACCGCUGUCGCUGCUGCAGCUGCGACCUCACCCGUUACGGCGCACCAUCACCAGCAACAACAACAAUUGCAACAACAGCUGAACAACAACAUCAACAACAGUAACGCCGCAGCAGGUGCAGCAAUCACAUCGACAACAACAACAGCCACAAACAACGCCGCUGCCGCCGCUGCUGCCGCCGCCGCCGCUGCCGCCGCCGUCAUGGGCCACCAUCACACUCACACACUGGAAGUGGGCAAGAAGCGGGCGGCGGACACUACUGAUAUGUUUCCACUGAUGGAUGUUAAAACGGUUGGUUCCAUUUACUAUGAAAACUUCCAAUUCUCUGGCAUGGUGCCGUUCAAACGUCCAGCUGCCGAAAAGUCUGGCAUUCCAGUUUAUCAGCCCGGUGCGACCGCCUAUCAGCAGUUAAUGCAGCCAUAUGUGCCAGUCUCAUGUGAGUAUCCCCAACAACAACAACAACAACUACAACAACAACCAGUACAACCACAACAACAACAACAACAACUACAUCAACAACAACAACAAUCUGUAUUACUACAACAACAACUACAAUUAAGUAACGCCAUAACAACAACAACUACAACAGCAACAGCCAGUAAUAAUAUAAUUAAUAAUAUUAAUAAUAAUAAUACCAUAAACGCUGUAAUUGCUACUACCAAUAUAAUAACAUCAUCAACAACAACAACAACGACAACAGCAUCAUCCCCAUCAGCAUCAUUAGCAACCACAACAGCAAGCAACGCCACCACAGCCCCCACUAACCCAAGCGACAAUCUCGAUGAUCUCGAUAAAGAAACCGAUACCGAUAACAACGAUCACACUGAUCGCGACAAUACCGCCUCUUCUGCUGCUGCUGGUGGUGGUGGCGGCGAUGGCAAUGAGAAUGAUAAUGCGGAUCAAGCUAAUCAAGACAGUGACGAACCGAAUCAGAAUCCUAAUCCCAAUCAAAAUUCAACUUCCCCCAACGAUUGUAAUACAACACAAACAACGACACCCACAAAAGACGACACAGCAACAUCAGACACUGCCCCAGCAGCAGCAGCAGCAGCACCUGCCUCGCCCCCUAAUGGCACCCAAUCGCCAACCUCGCCAAGUGCAACCACUUCGGUGGCUGAAAGCCUCCUGCCCCUGCCGAAUGGCCUGGGCGAUAACAACAACUAUCUGUCCUACAUCAACAAUAAUCUUAACAAUGGCCUGAAACCCAUCCAUCCGGACGAAGUCAAUGGCGAGUCCGAGAAUAGCACUAGCAACAGUGGCGCCCCCACGGCAGCACCUGCCACCCCCCGCAGCUAUGCCAAGCAAAAUGGCUACUAUUCGGCCAAUGGCCACAGCACUGGCAUCCUGCCAACGCCCACCAGUUCGGCGGCCCCGGUCUCAUACCAGACCCAGGUCCAGGCUCAGACCAAUCUGCAGCGCAUCAACUACGCCGUGCCGGCCUAUAGCUACGGCAACAUGUAUCCUGCCUACGGCGGAGUAACCUCCUCCAUGGUCAGCUUGUCCAGCUCCACGCCCUCCUAUGCCCAGGCACAGAUGCAGCAGCAGCAACAACAACAGCAGCAGCAACAGCAAGCCCAGGCCCAGGUCCAGGCCCAAGCUCAGGCCCAGGCUCAGGCUCAAGCUCAGGUCCAAGCGGCCUAUGCUCAGCAGGCCUACGCCGCUUAUGCCGCAGCUGCUGGCCUGGCACCACAAGCUGCCACUGCCGCCGGCUACUACCCCGAUCCUGCCACUCUGGCAAAGGAGGUGGCCCACAAGAACUAUGCGCUCAAAGUGGCCAGUGCCGCCGGCAAGCCUGUGGCUUCUUCAGCGGCCUCGGCUGCUGCUGCCUACACAGGCAUGACCCUAAACAAGAGCUACAUUGCUGCUGCAGCAGGAGCAGCUGCCCCACAGCCCGUUCAGGCACCCCAGCCCCAGCCCAUGUCCAUGGCUGCCCUGAUUCAAAUGCAGGCUCAGGCACAGGCCCAAGCCCAAGCUCAGGCCCAGGCUCAGGCUCAAGCCCAGGCCCAGCUACGUCAGUUGGGUUCGCUUCCCAGCUCCGGGCUGUCCACUCCAGUGCCUGGAACACCAGUUCGCUCCGCAGCCGCCGGAGCCGGAGCUCCAGCCAGCCAAUAUGCACCUGCCGCCCUGCUGCGCGCCCCCUCACCCAUGCAGUACGCUGCUGCUCCCAACUACUUCUAUCCCGGCAUGAUCCCCACUGCCGCCUAUGCCAUGCCACCAAAUCAAGCUGCAGCGGCACAGCAGUACGCAGCGGCAGCUGCUGCUGCAGCCGCGGCCGCAGCCGCCCAGGGGGGUUCGCAGGGCAGCGCCAUGGUUCUGAAUCCCUACAAGAAAAUGAAGACCUCCUAAGGAGCUAACCGGAGACUUACUGAAACAGAAAACCACACAAUUGUACUUAAGACUACAUGUCAAACUUAUUUAGAUUUAGACACAUCGAAGACGUAAGAUCAUGUGCCUCAGUUUUCUUGAAGAACGGGAAGUGGAGAGAAGCGUUUCUUAGACUUUAGUUUAGACUUUACCAUAGGCCUCAUAGCGUUAGCGAACGAACCAUGACACGAUAGCAAGAACAGAUCGUAGAUCGAUACUACUAACCCUAAUAAACGAAUGCCCAAAUCUUGCAAAUAGAAAACGAUAACUGAUAAUUUGCCAUUAAGUUACUGGACAAGAAACAAACGAACUACAUAACCUCACUGUGACUAAAAAAGUGUUGCCAUUUUCGCAAAAGAAACGAAAAACAGAUGCUUUCAAAGCACACUCGAACAGAAACGAAGCAGAAGUUAGAUGAUAGUACUACCUAAGUUCCUUUCUCGGAUAGCAAUUAGUCAACUCUAGUUUUUAGACAAAGAGGUCACAAAGAAAAACGAUAACCGAUUACCGAUAACCGAUUACCGAUAGGGCAGAAAUCGAGAGAGAGAUGAAACCACAACGAAGAACUGUGAUAGCGAAAAGCUUUCCUGGGUCAAAAAGGAUAAUUGCCAUUGCAAUGAUGAUGAUAAUGAAAUUAAACAAAAACAGAUUUCUGGUGGUGCUGCCGAUGCUGGGUACAGUUGUGUGUGCUUGUUGCUGGAUGCUUUACUAAUGGCGGUAGCUAGUAUAGCUGACUUUCUCUAUGGCUGCCGCUCAUCAUCCUGCUCUGUCUCUCUCUAUCCGUUUAUCGCUGUCUCUUAGUAAUACCUAACGAGCUAGCUAGCUAGCGUGAAUGCUGUUGUAAUUGUUUAAAAUUGUUGAGCAACGAGAAAUGCAUAACGAAUAUUGUCUAGUUUAUAUAGAUUAUGACCUAUAUGAUAUACAUAUUUACACCUAGCUGUACGUGCUGUAUGCUGCUACCCAUAUACGAUACGAUAUAUACACUCACACUAUGUACUCUAGCACACUCUCAUCAUCCCUCACUACCACAUACUUAAAAAAAUGAUAGAAAAUGAGAAAAAAAAAGCAUAAACAUGACCAGGAUCGAUCUGUAAAUCGUAUGACUACCUUACUAAUCAAAGAUCACAGUACAGUCACCACCCAGUACAGUAAUCACGAUCACGUCUCUCUAACACACUAGACACCCAUACACCCCAACACCCACACACCGACACACUACUUCUGACUGUUAAGCCAGCUAAAUUGAUUUACGUUAUAAUGUUUUGUUAUCGAGAUUUAACUUUGAUCCGUUGACCAGAACUAUGUAAAACCUUUUGAUUUUUAACGACUCUAUCUCUCUAUCUCUUUAUCAAAAUCCUGUCCAUCCACCCACCAUCCACCCACUCAUACACUCUUUCGAUUUCGAUGUAUUAUAAACGUUUUCCUUUCUGUAAUCGAAAUGUUAAGCAAGAAAUAAAAUCAUUGACAAACAUAAAUAAGUUUUAAUAUUAGAUCUCGUGUGAUUAUCAGUUUUUCAUUACGUUCUUUUCUAUGUAAUUCUUACGUUGAUAUUUAUAUAUAUUUUAUUAUGUACUUAAUGAAGCGUUUUUAGUGUAGCUAUUAUAUAAUUUUUUAACGUGUGUUCCCCAACGAGAUAUGAUUGCCAGAAAAAAAUCUUGCGAUACAAGAAUAAAUUUGCCACCUGACUUGCGCACCUCAAGCCCUAGAGCCCUAGAUCCCCCGCCUACACCACCCCCACGCACCCACGCUACAGAUAAAUCCUCCACAUCCGAGAACAUCCUGAACACUUCACUAUUCGAUAUAUAUGAUAAUCUCUGUAAAAUUGUUUUCAAUUAAAGGACUUUUAAUGUUUUACAACGAUUUGAUGUUUGCCACUAAUUCUUAUCCUAAUUCUAAUCCUAAUUUUAAUUUAGUUUUGAUAGUUUUAUUAAUGUUUUAUUUGAAAUACAGUGUGUUUAUCUAAAUAUAUAGUUUACGAAAAAAAAAACAAAUAUAUAUUAUAUUGUGUGUUGGUAUUUUACUUUAUUUGAUUUACUUAUUAUGGUAUUCAAUUUAUAUUCGUUUUCUGUUGUGCCGCUUUCACAUUUCACUUCUGACUUAAUUUUACUUCCAUAUCUAGAUAUAUCCGAUCCUGAUCAAAAAAAGAAUAAACUACAAGCAUUGCUUUUGGGCAGAGCAGCACUUUUUCCUAUUUUCCACUGCCAGAGCUUUAAAUUCCCAACUUUAUUAAUAUUUAUUUCCGCUAUUCCUUUCGAUUCGACACCGAAACACUCACAUUAUCUUCUAGGACUGCCUGACUUUCUCCUCUAACCCGCUUUCCCCACUCGUGCUUUUGGUCCCUCCCGAAGGGACAUCCGAUUUUUCUCAUACCCAUCUUUAUAUGUUCUAGCUCUUAGAAUAAUGGCAAGCAAAAUGAGUACGCUAACGGUAGAGAAUUAGUUGUAAAAUCUAAAUAUACCAAAUAUCUUAACAUACAUACUAUUAUGCCUAUGGCCAGCUAAUGCUUGGCUUACUAUAUUUACUCGAUAAGAAAGAUGCUUACAAAACAUGCAGCGAGCGACCCGACUGUGGCAACCAAAUACAAUAUUGAUCAACAUAUAGAUACGUAUAGCAAGCUAAACUAAAACUAAAAGUAUACUAUAUCCAUCAUAUAUCUCAAUGUCUUGCCUAAAAGUAUAACAUUAUCUAUGUGUGUCGUAUGGUUACUUUUUUCGUUACAAAUUGUAGAACUGUUGCCUCUGGCCCAUAAUUUCAGCAACGAAAACUUAAAUUUAGAGAAGAGAAAACGCUCUCGAACUAUGACCUAAUGGGAGUAGAACAGAAGAACAGAAAAUCCAACACACUCACCACUGCAUGGCGCCAAGAUAUAACUAAAUUACAUUUCAAAUCUAAGAGCUCAUAUUUUAUUCCGCUUCUUUUCAACUUUGCAUUGCACAAAAACCAAUGAAAAAACACAGCAAAAUACCAGAACACCAGAAAAACAGUAUGUUAACAAUAAAAUGCAAUAAUAUAGCAAUGAAUUGUCAGUUGACAUUAGGAUAACAAUGAGUUAGGCUGAUUUUGAAUAUACAACAAUGAAUUAUAUGAAUAUUAUAUGGAACCAUUUAGAGAGCCUUGUGUGCCACUCAAAUAUAGUCGAAUGGGUGUUCGAGCCCCCCAAAGAAUCGAUAACAGACAGAAGUACAGUACCGUCCAAUAGAAAUUCUAGUUUAGUCGUAUCCACCUAGUUGCCUCCUUUUGAUUUGUAGUCAAAAAACCGACCAUUACACACUCACAUCAUACACUGAGAGAAACCGAAUGAGUUAUAGGGUCUAAAGUUCAAAGCCAGGCUCUCACAUUGCAUUCACUCCCAUCGACAAAAAGUGAGCGAAAAAUAUAACGAAUUGCAUGUCGAAUAAGAGAGUUUCCAAAAAAGAGCAAGAUUAUCGAAGCUAAAAAAAAGUAUUCAUAACAUUCACAAAAAUAUAUAUUACGAAAUAUAUAUCAAUAUAUAUCUAUACACACAUCUAAACACAAGCAAACACUAUGAAUAUGUUAUAUCUGUGCUAACAUUAGUCGUAUUAUUAUAAAGACAAAAAUUAUAUUGAAAUUAUAUUAUAUACGUUUUAUUGUAAAAACCGUAAAACAAGUUGUUGGCUUCUUUUACUCGAACUUGGAAAGUGAUCAACCCAAAACUAACAUUCUAUCUUUCUCACCCACUACUAAUCCAUAACAACAGUUUGCUGUGCGUUGUCUCUUUCUCUCUCUCUCUAUCUCUCUCUUUGUUGGCUGUUUCUAUAAUUCAUAUUUUUUAAGUUUUUAAAGUUUUAUAUUAUUUGGUAUAUGUAUGAUUUUACACCUAAGUUGGAUUGUAUUCAUUUUGCUUAUGACUUUAGUUAGGACAAGCUUCCUCGAUAUCUUUUCCUCAAGCGCUUCUUUGAUUAACGAUCCUCCAUGGUAAUUGUCUAGGCGUAUGUAAACCUCAAUGUGCUCUCUGCUCUACGCUAAAACUAUAUAUAUUUUCCUAACUAUGUCUUACACACCCCACAAAACACCCAAAAACACACACACCCAAUUUCCUUUGGUAGAACUCAAAAACACACAUGGCUUGCUGGAUGAACCAGAGAUUAUAUAUCUAUAUUGUUUUUGACUAAAGCUGUUCUUGUGUAUGGAAUUGAACUAUAUAUAUAUUGUCAAUAUAUUCAAUAUACUCAAUAUACUCACUAGAGUUAAGCGCUUAUUGUAAUGUUUUCAAAGAAAAUGCUUCAAGUUCUUUUUAGUUUUUGCCAACAUUUUGCUCUAUUUUAAUCUAAGAUUCUAUUUUUUCAAGCAAGCCACCUAAUAACUAUCUAUCUAGAUGCCACCAGAUAAAUUCUUUCAGUCUGAUUUAAUAUUUCUCCCUCUUAGCAUGGUCCUACCGAAACUCAAAUUGAAGCUUUUCUUUGAGUAUAUUACAAAAUUCAAGAGCGCUGAUAAAGAACAGCUAAGGUGUUUCUAUCCCUAACAACCAAAAACAGACUAUAUCCUAUUCUAUACCUCAGGGACCUCAUCAGUUUUCUUUGUUUUUUUUUUUUUGGAAAAGUUAUCGGGGAACUUA